CUCGCAUGCGCCGUAGUAGCCUACUCGCCGCUUUAAACCAAGGCUGGACAGAUGUUAAGCAGCCUGGUUGAGGGGUGAAACUCCGGGAAAACAUUUUAAAGAGGGAGCUGAAGAGUCAACGCUGACCAUAUGAAUGUAGGGACAAAAUAAAUAACGUGCAUCAUGUUGAGAAAAUAGUUCCAGAUAUGUCAGCAGCAGGAGCGACGCGGAAAUGUCCACAACCGAGCAACAGCCAAAUCGAGUCUGUGGUAGACGAUGACAGCAGAGGGGUCCACCGGAGCGGUCAAUGCCGUCUGCACCCAAGACUCCUCCCACUCACCUAAAACAACCUGCCCACAAACCACAUGGCCCUGCCCACAGAAGGAUGAGCUCGAAGUCAGACUCCGCCUCCGCUCCCCUCCUGGGGCGUGGCUACUAGCGGGCGUUGUCGUGGUGAUGGUGGGAAUGUUUGUGGCCGUGGCCGGGUACACUAGCUCCACCCCUAACCCUGUGGGUGGGCGAGGCAGCUCCCACAGCGAGCGAAUGAAACUGCUCGGCUCUGUCGUGAUGGGCAUCGGCCUGUUCAUCUUCAUCUGUGCUGGAACCCUGCUGUAUGAAAACCGGGACCGCGAGAACCGAGAGCGUGAGAACUUUGAGAACCCUGAGGAGCAGGGGAAACACAAACAGAAGAAAACAAGAGAAUGGCGCCGGGAGAACCGUGAUUAUGAGGAUGUGGAACAGGGGAACCAGAGAGAGCCCUCAGACAGACACUCCCCUCUCCCUGAGGAGUGCCCGCCCCCCCUGCCUCCCAGAGUGCCUAGACAGGAGGGGUCAGAGUUGAACGUUCUCUCUGUGGGGGUGCUGAGCUCACUGCUACCAGGGGAGGGACAGGGGCGUGAAGAGAGAGUCAGAGAGGUGGGGGGUAAAGGGGGAUCAACCCCGCUGACCAGAGUCCUGCAACACCAGGACCCCCCCUCCUCCUGUCCCUCCCCAGCUCCCUCCUCUGUGUACUCUGACUCCUGUAACUCCAGUGAGAUCAACUAUAACGUUCAGACAGGCUCCCCUAUCCACUCUAUUCUCCAACUCUGAGAUACUACUGUACUCACAUCUGUACACGCUUUUCUAAAUAAAUGCACCACAUAUUUCUCCAUCUCUCUCUGUGGUUUCUAUAGGCUGUAGAUGCAGUGGAGUGUGUUGGGCAUCUCUCUCUACCCCUCUAGGACGGGCAGGGCCAGGGGGAGACAGGGCUAGGUGACGUCAGCUGUGUAGUAAAGUCUCUCUCAGGGGUGUUUGACUGUAUUUGGGCUUAGGGGAGGAUUCCACUGCAGACAGUGACUGUGGUGCCAUCCUGAAUGAUGCAUGUACACACACUAAAUACGGCCAGACAUUCCACUAUGGAACAGGCUGCUUUGGAGAACUUUGAUUCAUGAUGUCGUUUUAACUGUAACUCAAAGUUUUAUCUAAUAUUAGUGACUCUGUUUGUCAUGGCUGUUCUCCUAUAGGGUUUCUGUUUACACACACCCAAACUUGGCUCAAGAGAUGGACGGAAAUCAUAGCAAUGAAAACAAAAUGAAUGCCUUCUCAUAGUUGGCUGUUUGCUGUCUACAUGCUUACUCUUUACUUGAGUUAGAUGUUACUACUCACGGGCCAAUAAGUGGUAGAAUCCACGUUGUUCCACUUCAUUUCAACAAAACAUUUGCAAAAAGUCAUCAACGUAAGGCAAUUGCGUCAUUUUCCCACCCAACUUUUAACCUAAAUCCAAUAUCAUUGUGAAUUUGUUUUGUUGAAUUCACAUUAGCUGACAACUCAACCAAAUACGCCCAGUCUGUUUGCAGUGCAUAUAUGAAGUAUAUCUUUGCAGCGUGUAUGCAGCAAACCUUUGGUCUUUAAGGUACACAAAACCAUUAGGAUGUUUGACUGGGUUUAAUUGAAUAGAGCCCACAGACACAGAUGCAGUAAAAAAAGGGGGGGGAUUUUAAUUGUCCUGAGUGUUCUCCUCCAGCCUCCAAUUACACUGUGGAACCGACCAAGGGUUUUUAUUGGUAUUUCAGGACUGCAGAGUAUUUCCUCUGUUGUUCAGACACAUGCUGGGAUAAUGCCAUUGAGAUUAGUGAGGAACGCCAAGACUGCCUUGUCCUGCACGGCCAGACACAUCUACACAACACAGGCACAACAAACACACACACACAACCGCAUGCAUGCUUUCACACAUGCUAAACAUCACACACCUCGUACUGCUUUUGAACCCAUUAACCCCAGUUCACCACCAGUGACACUACCAGGGAUAGACCAGUACUUGGUUUCUUGCUUCUGACUAUGCUAAUACUGGGAAGUGUGUGUUUUUGUGAGUUUAAUGCAGCAGCUGAAUUAUGUGGUCAGUCAGUGUUUGAUUGCCGGACUGUAAUCCUGAACAUCAAAUUAAAUUCACAUGUAAUCCCUGCCUGACCCUAACACUUACUCUCACAAUGCUCCACCUAUGGCUUCCCAUAACACACACACGCACACACCCUCUCUGUCCCACAUGGAGAUAACCUGUGCAUUGUAUUUCUGCUCUUGCUGUUGCCUAGGUUUGUUUAACUGUCUCAGUCUGUCUCUGUGUUACGCAAUCCCACAAACAGGACAGUUGUUUUAGUCUCCCUCUGUCAGUCAUACAUUUUAUUAGAGUUUAUGCAGGAUCAGUACUGUGGGACUGGGAGCACUGUCUCUAAGCUGCUUAACUCCUCGCUGAGUCAGACACGUGUGUUUUACCGAGGAGGGAGACCCUACUGGGGUUACAGGACCAGAGACAGAGGGCUGAAUCCUAACAUCAAUCCUAACAUGCAAAUCACAACUUUGUGCAAAUAUCCCAUUGAUCAGUAGAUAGUCAGGAUCUCAAGUUAGUGUUUCAACUUGGCACCGCAACAACACCUGGGACACCUGUGACCCACAGCAACAACACCUGGGACACCUGUGACCCACAGCAACAACAUCUGGGACACCUGGGACUCACAGCAACAACACCUGGGACACCUGUGACCCACAACAACAACACCUGGGACUCAUAGCAACAACACCUGGGACACCUUGGACCCACAGCAAUAACACCUGGGACACCUGGGACCCACAGCAACAACACCUGGGACCCACAGCAACAACACCUGGGACCCACAGCAACAACAUCUGUGACAAAAAGCAACAACACCUGGGACCCACAGCAACAACACCUGGGACACCUGUGACCCACAGCAACAACAUCUGGGACACCUGGGACUCACAGCAACAACACCUGGGACACCUGUGACCCACAACAACAACACCUGGGACUCAUAGCAACAACACCUGGGACACCUUGGACCCACAGCAACAACACCUGGGACCCACAGCAACAACAUCUGUGACAAAAAGCAACAACACCUGGGACCCACAGCAACAACACCUGGGACCCACAGCAACAACACAUGGGACACCUGGGACCCACAGCAACAACACCUUCACAUAAAGUAGGAUUUUAAUAGCGCCCCCUUUCAUGUGGUAUAUCAUUCAGUCAAGGACAGAUGACUAAUGGACAUCUAACCCUCAUUGUUGAUUUAGGACAUCUCAUUAUUCCCUUUGAGGUGUUUAAAUAUGUUAAUGAAAUAAUGAAGUGUAACAGGCUUUUUCCAGCGGCCCUGGGAGAUAACCUAAUCCUCUCCACCUGUUCUUUCCUUUAACUUUAAUAUUUUUUGCUUUUCGCAGUGUAUUUUUGUAAUUACACGGCUCAUCUGUAAAAUAAACCUUGGUCUCAGCAUGACUCCCUGUCAAAAUAAGGGUUAAAUCAAAUAAGUAUUUCGAUCCCACAUAAGGAGCAUUUCUAAGAAUCCAAUAGCUGUCUCUCAAAAAACAUUCUCUCUGAUGAUGCUACGGUGUUAGUUUAAUAUGGGGGAAGUGCAGAUAUUUUCAUGAGCUAGUGAAUAGUGACUAGUCAAAGUAGCCCAGACUAGUUACAGACAGAUCUUAGUCUGAGCCGAUUGGUUAACUAAAUGUCUUAGCUUUACAAUAACACAGUCGUGUAAAGUACUUAUGUAAAAAAUACUUUAAAGUACUGAUGAAGUUGUUUUUUAGGGUAUCUGUACUUUACUUUACUAUUUAGCAGUGUGACCUGACUAUUAAAAAAAACAAGA